GUGUUAUCUAGUACUUAAAUAUAUUUUUUUGUUAAAUUUUAAGAGACAAGAUUAGAAUCACAACUUGGUUUUAUAUCAUAAGUUCACAUAUGUUUGUGAUAUUUAAUCAGUAAGUAGGUCAUAAUGUUGUGCAAAACUCUUCUUCUCUUUAUAACUUUGGGGACAAAUUUGGGUAGCCAGGGUUAUUCUAUGGAAAGUCCAGUUGUUGAGUUACCUAACGGAAAAAUAGAAGGACUCCAAGUAACCACCUAUGCUAAUAAAACAUACUACUCUUUCCAGAAAAUACCAUAUGCAAGUCCACCAGUAGGAACUCUUAGAUUUAAGGCACCGCAACCUGCUCAAAAUUGGGAUGGUAUUCUUAAUGCUACUUAUUUAGACACAAGCUGCUAUCAAUUACAGAUUAAUCAAGCUUCUGAUUCAGAAGAUUGUUUGUUCGUUAACGUCUACACACCAGAGCUUCCUACAAAUGACCAGAAUGUGUCUCUUCCUGUAAUGUUUUUCAUAUACGGAGGUGCAUUUCUUCUAGGUUCUAGCAUCUUAGCCCCACCAGACCUCUUCGUAAACAAUGAUGUCAUUCUAGUUUCCUUCAACUAUCGUUUAGGGGCUUUUGGCUUCCUUUCAACUCAAGACGAAGUAAUUCCUGGAAAUAAUGGCUUAAAAGAUCAACUACUUGCAUUACAGUGGACUCACCAAAAUAUCCACUUAUUUGGUGGAAAUCCAGACAAAAUAACAGUUUUUGGGCAAAGCGCUGGAUCUGCUUCAGUUGCCUACCAAAUGCUUAAUCAAGAUUCGGUGGGACUUUUCGCCGGAGCAAUAUUGGAAAGUGGAUCAUUUCUAUCGCCUUGGGCGUUCCAGAGAAAUUCUAGACAAAUUGCUUUUAACACAGCAGCCAUCUUGAAUUCAACGUUUUCAAGUAGCAAUGACUCUGCGGCUUUGUUGGAAUUUUUACAGGGUGUUGCUGCUGAAGAUUUAGAUGCAGCAGCUGAACAGUACUUAAUAAACCAAACCACUCCGUGGGAUUACGCCGUCUCACAAGGCAACUUAUUUGCACCUGUAAUAGAAGUGAAGAAUCCCGAUGCUUUCCUUACUAGAAAAAUGUAUGGACUUCUGCAAGCAGGAAAUAUCAUAAAAGUACCAGUUAUGAUAGGCUUCAAUUCUGAAGAGUCUUUACUUUUUAACCAAGAUCCAGCUGUUUUCCAAACGGUCUUAGAGGCUUGGGAUGCAAAGUUAGAUUUGAUAGUUCCAAAUGACAUGCAAAUUACUGACUUGGAAAAACACUCAGAAAUGGCACUUUCAAUUAGAGAUAUUUAUACAGGUGGUGAAACUUUUGGAAUUCGUUUAGGGGACGGCAUUAGAUAUUGCAGUGACAACUCUUUUACUAGAUCUAUAAUUAAACACGCUGAAUUUUACUCUACUUUAGCAGAAACGUAUUUCUACCAGUUCUCGUACGAUGGAAAACUGGGCAAUAUUUCUGUUCAUUAUGAUGGUGCUGACAGUGUUGGUCAUUCUGAAGAAGCUUUCUACUUAUUCUGUAGCGGAUUAGGCUGUAACUUCGAUUCUUAUGUUCCAGAAAAUGAUCGAAUUACGUCAGAACGCUUGAUCAAACUUUGGACCGAUUUUGCUAAAUUCCAAAAUCCUACACCCGAAGUAUCGGAAUUGUUACAAAAUAUUACUUGGCCCCCACUUUCCGUCGUUGAUGGAGAUUUUCUAUAUCUUGAUAUUAAUGAGAAUUUGGAAAUUAAAAACCACCCCAAAUCUGCUACGUUUGACGAAUGGGAUAAGCUUUACGAAAAUUUGGGCUACAGCGACUUUGAUACUUAUUAACUUGAUUCUUGGUUCAACGGGCUAGAUUUUUUAUAUUAGCUAGAUCUGUAUAAUAUUUUCAUAUAUGUCAAGUCACGGGCAACCAAAAGAUUUCAGAUUAUAAUGGAGUAUAGAUGCCUUUAAUUAAAACCUUCUCAUCUCUCA